AUGUCACAUAACUCAGGUUAUCAUCGAAGUGGAACUCAUUUUUAUCCUGGACUUGCUACCAUAAGUUCAUCAGACUCGGGCCAGAUAUAUGGAGCCACAAGGGGAAUGGGACCUCCUUCCAUGGACUUUCCACCGCAACCAGUGGAGAUUGAUGUUGAUUUGAGUAUUUCCAGAACUCUACCGAGUCCUGCUACAGCUGUAACAAAUCCAUGGGAUGCGACUUAUCCACACGUGGGAUUUGCCGACGGGCCAUAUGGGUCGUCGAACAUGGCGCGAAUGCAGCAGCAAGUUCCUAGCGACAAUCAGACCCGAGGCCCAACUCAAGAUCCGCUUGCGAUUUGGUAUUCAGAAAAUGAUGGACCAUGGGUACCAAAAGUUAUCCCAGCUGCUAUUCCUGAAGAUGGCGGCCACUUGAAGAAGAGAGGUAACAGAACUAUCGUGUCUUAUGGAUCCAGUUACCGGCAGCCUAACCCAUCGGAGGCCGGCUCAGUUCCGUAUGCUAUCCCGACUUCGGACUCUGGCUAUGGCACUAGGCGUAGCAUAGGUAAUGCUUCCGUCUUUAGCGCCGACGUUCCAGAAAGGGAUCAGGAUUGCCAUAGUCUCGCCGGACAUCUCGAAAGUUUCCAGCCGUUUCCUUCUUUUGUUGAGGUACCAGCCAUAAGAGACACUCGUUUAAAUGACCCUUGGAAUACUCCACCAACGCCAGGACGAAGUGACACUAGUGGUUUGAUAUGCCCAGGUUGUAACAAAGGAGUAAAAACUCAGUCAGAGUUGAAAAAGCACGAGUUGCGACACACCAAACCCUAUAAAUGUCAAGUUGCGGGUUGCACGCGCCUUGAAGGGUUCAGUACUACAAACGACUUAGACAGACAUAUGAAGAGUAAGCAUGCAGCGGCCAUAUCUGGAAAGAAAUACCGGUGCAAUGUUCCAGGAUGCAAAUCCAGGGACAAGUCCUGGCCACGUUUGGACAAUUUCCGGAGUCAUCUCAAAAGAGUACAUCAGAAUCAGCUGAGGUCGGAUGAAGAUUUUGAAGAAAUACUACGAAAUGCUGAAUUUUGGGAGGGGCCAAGUGCCGAUAUUAACAAUGAACUGUUGCUUCCUCAGGCAGCUUCUCAAGAUACUCCAAGAGCAGUAGAGCCUUCUAAUGAUGACAGUGCCUGGAAGCAAACGGAGUCGCAUUGGACCAAUGCACCUCCAGAUCUGGACAAUACACCGCAUCCGCAGGCGGCACCUAAAUCACCUGGAUUGGAUCUGUCCAUGGAGAAAGUGGUUGAAAAGGAAGCGCCAGCUCCUUCAGCAAUCUCGUCUUGUCUAAAUACAGUACAGCCUCUAGAAGUGUUUACACCUCCAGUUCGGGACUCGGGGCAUAAAUUCACAGUAGCGAGUGUUUUGUCUCCAGAGGCUCCUGAAACGGCUACUCGGAUAUCGCACAUCAUUAAUGUGGAAGACAGUUCAAGUCAGCUCUUGGAAGGUAAGACUAUCAAACAGGCUGAUCUUUCAGCCGCAGAUGAGGCUCUCACCAAAGCAAUUAAGGUUGUCUUAUCCAGUUCCAUUGCUCGUGAACCGUCCAAUCAGGAGACCACAAGGAAUAUUUUGCCUAGUGGAAGACCGUCACCCUCAAAUACAUCUGAUUCCAAAUCGCGCCUAGCGGCUUCUUCCAAUGGUCUUACGGAUAUUGUUAAAGCUGGGGGCUCCCAGCCUUCUAACCUUGAGAUUGAUCUUUCCGAUGCACAGGGAAAGGUAAUAGAAGCAAUUGUCAAGACUGUUCGUAAUUUUGGAUACACAUUGAAAGAACACCGGGAAGCAAGCUCCAGCCCUCCCCCCAAAAUUCUUAACGCUGGAUCUGUUGCAGGCAAGAAAAGCGACAAGCAAGUCAUUUGUGAGAUCUGUAAAAAGUUCAAAGGUCGACCUUGUGAACUAAAGAAACAUAUGAAGCGCCACAAUCGGCCUUAUGGCUGCACAUUUCUUUCUUGCAGCAAAAAGUUUGGCAGCAAGAAUGAUUGGAAGAGACAUGAGAACUCUCAACAUUUUCAAAUCGAGACAUGGCGUUGUGACGGCCAACGUCCUGAAGGGGGUGCAUGCUCUAAGGUGUGUUACCGCAAGCUGAGCUUCCAAGAUCAUUUGAAAAAAGAACAUAAAUUUUCUGAUGACGAGGAGGUUUUGAGUGAUAAGGUAGAAGCCUGCCGCAUUGGCCGAAACUGCCAGGACCGGUUUUGGUGUGGCUUUUGUAUAAAACUCGUCAGUCUGAGGAAAAAGGGCCUAGAAGCAUGGACCGAACGCUUCGAUCAUAUUGAUGACCACUUCAUGGGACGCAAUGGCUUAAUCGCUCAAGGUAUUGAGGAUUGGAUUCCAGUCGAUGGGAGCGGGAAGGUUAAGGAAACCCAAACUACCUUGGAUGCCAGCCCUAGAUCGGACGGCUCAAGCUCCGGAUCAUCUUCUUCGGGAUCAUCGGUUGAUGCCGAUAUGGAGCCACCUCCUCGUCCAGCUGUUCGUCCAGCAGCGAAAAGACCACGCCCUGAAGAAACCGAAGCACCGUCACACAAGCGGCCUAGACCCAAUGAAGCCGUUAUCAUCGUAUGCUGUCAGUGCAACCUUCAGAAUAACCCAGAGUUGAAUGAGAGCUGCAGCAAUUGCAGUACUGGCCAUACGUUCUGUGAAAACUGCCAGACCGAGUAUCGCCCCAAGGAGGACCGAUCACCACCACAUGAAUUGCCAUGA